AUGGAUGCGAGGGAAAGGAGAAACACCGCAGUCAUGGAACGACAGGGUAGUUUGCAUGACUCUAGAAAGGAUGACGGUGCGCAGCAGUCCGGUGUACCACGUCACAGGCUGAUGGUGCGCACCUCGGACAAGGGAUGGCCGUACUCGUGGAAGGAGGAUGAAUCCACUCGUGGCUGCUACGUGAACUGUGAGGUGGAGCGAGUGUGGCAGAUCGUCAAGGGCGAUCUAACCGCGUGGUCCAGCAGUCACGGUGAGGCCGACUUUGGGCCUGAGCGGCGUGUGUUGAUUGGGACGCCCGGGAUCGGGAAGUCGAUGAAUGCCGGCUCGUACCUCCUCUACCAGCUGCUGCACUGCGAUGCGGAGCAGCUCCCAAUGGUUGUUUACUUUAUUGCGGAUCGAACAUUCUUGUUUGACAAGACCAGCAGGACGGUGUCGACAUACAUGGGCGACUCCAGUAAUGCGUCUGUCGUGAGGAGUCUUUCUGAACGUGGGAUGAAGGGGUAUAUUAUUUACGAUGUGGCAGAGCCGGAUGGUGCACCGUCUGGUGAUUUGCCUCCCAGGGGAUGGGGCAUGGUUUUGGUGUCACCCCCACUCGAGAGGAACUACAAACAAUGGGUGAAGUGGGGCGAUGCCACAAAAAUAGUUAUGAAUUGCCCUGGUGAAAGCGAUGUGAAGGCGAUGUGCGUUUGGAUGAGGCGCCAUCAGCCCGUGCGGGAGCAAGCGGAGUACUGGCAUGUGGUGAAGGGCCAAAUGGAUGAAGUGGGACCUAUUCCACGUUAUAUCUUUGACGAGCGAAAGUAUUAUAAUUGGGUUCAACGGUGUCACAAGAUCGUCGAUGAGGCGACCUCUUCUGUAAUCUUGCAAUACAGUGGUUUGGGACGUGGUGGAUCCUGGGAUCAUAUGAAGGUGCUCUACUGGCUUGCGAGGGUUGUCCGAGUACGAGGUGAAAAUUCCGGUUCUGAAUUUUUUUUCAAUUUACCGGUGUCUGCUUACCUCGGAAAUAAAACAUUAUUCAAGUCGGCGAAGUUAAUGCAGCAGCAUUAUUUUAAUUUACUCAUAUCGGGGCUGACGGAUUAUCUCAUACCAGAAAAUUUUGGAAGGUGCACCGUGUUUGCAUUUUUGAAUGGAUCUUUUGUGCGUGCAAUAGAAUGCAGACUGAGGGAGCUGAGGCCAUCACCACAACGUCAGUCCCACCGCUGUGCGCUGGCGGUGUACUCACAGGAGCGCUCCGCCAGGCACCAUGUCUUACCGCCACUGGAACACGUUUCUGAGAGGAUUGAUGUGGAGUGCGGGGUGCUGUACGUAACGGAGGUGGAAAACUUUCCGCUGGUGGACGCCUUUUUCUUUGUGAAGUCAAAUCCAAUGGCGCUGGUUGGGCUGCGGAUGGCUACGGCGGGUGAGCACCGCACCACAACCAGCACUGUGAGACAGUUCACUGAGUAUCUGGCGGAAUAUUUUAAUGGUUGGGACGAGUUGUCCCGAAAACUGUCGUGGGAGAUGAUUUACGUGCAGCACGCAGACAGCACGCCGAUGAAUGACUGGCAGAGAUGUGAUGUCGUCAAUCUCGAUAGUGUGAGCGGCGCGGACAACAAUGAAAUUGCGGCGUUCUGGAACGAAAAGGUACGCCAGUACCAAGUGUCAAUAUCAUCCGAAGACGCCCCAAGAAGGCCUUAG